CCUAAGCUUCCGGCCGCCGGCUUGGAAAAGGAGUUAUGGCUAAACAUCAUCCAGAUUUGAUUUUCUGCCGCAAGCAGACUGGUGUGGCUAUCAGAAGACUGUGUGAAAAAACGGACAGCAAGUGUGUGAUCUGUGAUUCUUACGUGCGUCCCUGCACCCUGGUCCACAUAUGUGAUGAGUGUAACUAUGGAUCUUACCAGGGCCGGUGGGUGAUCUGUGCCGGCCCCAGAGUCUCCCAUGCCUACUACUGUAAAGAGUGCACCAUUCAGGAGAAGGAUAGAUGUGGUUGUCCAAAGAUUGUCAAUUUUGGGAGCUCUAAGACAGACCUGUUUAAUGGAUGCGAAAAAUAG